AAACUUUUGUGGGAUCGACGACUUGUCUUGAAAUUGUUAGAUAUUUUGGGUGUACCUACACCAAAACGUCUAAUUUCUAACAGAGAUGGUGGUUCCAAAAUUGAUUUAGAUUUAAAAUCCCAAAUUUUUAAGAAUGUUGGUAUUCAUCUUAAAGAAGAAAAUUGCCCAAAUGCUAUAGUUGAAAUGCUUAAUAUUGAUACUAUUCGUGUAAACGGUAAAACAAUGCGAAAGCCUUUUGUUGAAAAGCCUGUCAAUGGUGAAGAUCAUAAUAUAAACAUAUAUUACUCUUCCGAAAUGGGAGGGGGUGGUCGUCGAUUGUUCCGCAAGGUGGCAAAUAAAGCGAGUGAGUUUGAUCUUGAAUUGUCACAGCCACGCACUGAUGGGUCUUACAUUUAUGAAGAAUUCAUGGAUGUUGACAACGCGGAAGAUGUUAAAGUAUAUACCAUUGGAUCUACAUAUGCACACGCAGAAACACGUAAAUCACCGGUGGUUGAUGGGCUUGUGAGGCGGAACACUGACGGCAAAGAGGUUCGUUACGUUACUACAUUAACGAAUGAAGAAAAAAAAAUAGCAAGCGAUAUAUCUUUUGCAUUUGGUCAGACAGUAUGUGGGUUUGACUUACUUAGAGUUCAUGGACGAUCAUAUGUCAUCGAUGUAAAUGGUUGGUCAUUUGUAAAGGGAAAUGACGAAUAUUAUAGUAAUUGUGCUCGCAUUUUACGAGCAAUGUUUUUAAAUGCUGUUCGAAAACGGAAGAUCAGCAUUGAUUCAAUACCAAACGAACUUCGACUUGAAAAUUCUUGGCGUCUUAAAUCUUUUAUAGCUGUAUUUCGUCAUGCUGACCGUACACCGAAACAAAAAAUGAAAUUCUCUUUUCGAGGCAAGCCUUUCAUUGAUUUACUUAAUGGAUCUAUUGAAGAAGUCAUGUUACGCCAAGAGGAGCUCAAGAAAGUGUCAGAUGCUGCAAUAGCUGCUACUAAAUUACAAUGUGAUGAUAUAAAUAAAUUAGAACAGCUUAAAUUAAUACUACAAAUGAAAAGAGAUUUGCCUGGAACCAAAGUACAAAUUAAACCUUCUUAUAACAAAGAUAAUCAGCUAAUUGAAAAGCUUCAGCUUAUUGUUAAGUGGGGUGCUGAAAUAUUUGCUAGGACUUUCCUGGAUGUAAAUGAUAUUCCUGAAAAACUCAUUGAAACUCGAAAGGAAAUGCUGGAUGACAGUAAUUCAGCUAGGGAACAAAUGGACGAUGUGAAAAAUAGACUGAGAACCCUUUUAAAACCUGGUGAAUCUUUGAAUGUGGAUUGGGCAUGGCCAAAAGAUCAACCUGAACCAUGUAUUGUGGUCCAAGAAGUUAUUGAAAUUAUGAAGCAUCUUCGCAAAAUAAUGCAUGAAAAUUUUGAACACAUGGAUUAUGAUAAUAUUCAAUCUCGAUGGUGCUGUUCUGAAAACCCACUACUUUUUAAAGAACGGUGGGAGAAAUUAUUUAAAGAUUUUUGCGAUGUGGAUCGUCACAUGUUUGAUCCAAGUAAAAUAUCUGAACUCUAUGAUUCUCUCAAGUACGAUGCAUUGCAUAAUCGACAAUUUUUAGAGACCAUUUUUGUUGAUCAAAAUGGCAAUAAGAGUACAGCUGAAAUAAAAGAAUUAUAUCAACGCGCAAAAAUCUUGUUUGAUUUUGUCGCGCCUCAAGAAUAUGAUCUCACCCAGAUCACGUUUGAACUCUAUGAACGUCAUCGUGGUUUAUCUGGUGAUAAGGAUAAGGAAUAUUCUUUGCGUGUGGCAUUUAGUCCCGGAGCCCAUGACCCAAAUAUCUUGGAUUUACAACUAGAUGCUCGGCAUU